ACACUUGACACACCCUAUAAAUGUUAUUUUUUUCACAAAUCCCCAAAAAAAAUUUCGCAAAAACCCCUUGUGACGGUCAUUAAGAAUUUCCCAUUAAUUUAAUUCAAUUGUUAUAAAAUAAUUUAAUUUGGAAUUUUAAUUUUGCUCAAAAAUCAGAUUUAAUCAUCGAUUUAAAAUGACGGAAAAACAGAUGGAUUGCGCUUUAGAUUUAAUGCGGAGGCUGCCACCUCAACAUAUUGAAAAAAAUUUAAGCGACUUAAUUGAUUUGGUUCCUUCGCUAUGUGAGGAUUUACUCUCAUCAAUAGAUCAGCCUCUGAAAAUAGCUAAAGAUAAGGAAUCGGGAAGAGAUUAUCUUCUCUGUGAUUAUAACAGAGACGGAGAUUCCUACAGAUCACCGUGGAGUAAUGCAUACGAUCCUCCACUCGAGGACGGUUCGAUGCCAUCAGAAAGGCUAAGAAAACUAGAAGUAGACGCAAAUCAUGCAUUCGAUCAAUAUAGAGAAUUAUAUUUCGAGGGUGGAGUAUCAUCCGUUUAUCUUUGGGAUUUGGAUCAUGGAUUCGCCGGUGUAAUUCUCAUCAAAAAAGCCGGCGAUGGUUCAAAGAAAAUCAAGGGAUGCUGGGACUCAAUACACGUUGUCGAAGUGCAGGAGAAAUCAACGGGAAGAAACGCUCAUUAUAAAUUAACCUCGACGGCAAUGCUCUGGCUUCAGACAAAUAAACAUGGAUCGGGAACGAUGAAUCUCGGCGGAAGUCUCACUAGACAGGUCGAACUUGAUGCAGCAAUAACGGAAACGUCGCCGCAUAUUGUAAAUAUCGGUCGCUUGGUGGAGGACAUGGAGAAUAAAAUAAGAAAUACAUUGAAUGAAAUUUAUUUUGGCAAAACAAAGGACAUUGUUAAUGGAUUGAGAUCCGUUCAAUCGCUCGCUGAUCAAAAGCAACAGGCCGCACUUAGACAAGAUUUAGCGGCAGCAUUACAGAGGCGAAACGCCAAUAAUUGAUCGCCUUUUCAAAAAUUGCGAAUUUCUUCAAAUCACAAUCGCGACUACUAUCCUUCUCGAAUGUAAAUACCCCUUUUUAAACACGUGUUUCUUUUUUCUUUUUUCGGUGAGAAUCCACUAAAUGUAUCUUAAUGAGAAAAUGAGUGUGUGAAAGAGAGAGAAAGAGAUUUAAUGAAAAAGAAAAAUCAUAAUUUUCAAGAAACCAAGUUCUGUUGAAUUUUACCUUCUAGUGAACUCGGUUUUCUUUUUAAAUAAUCGAAGAAAGAAUCCAGGGGCGUUUGCGUUCGAUGAUAGUAGAGAAAAGGAGAAGAGAGAGACAGAGAGAGAAAGAGAGAGAGCCCGCCUUCUUGAUUCUUGCGGAAGGAAGUUUAACUUUGUUAUCUUUCGCGAGAAAGAGUUGAGCUUUUUUUGAUAUUGUAAAUUUUUCAAUAACAAAACUACAUAUUUUUAACUAGGAGACGUCAUUUUUUCCGAAAAUCAUAUCUAAAUUUUCUUCUUUUUUCUUUUUUUUUUGUGGGAGAUGUUUAGUUAGUCACAGGCUUCCAAACCUUCGAUAUUUAUAAACGAGCGGUAGAAAGUUUACGAUAAACAGUAAUAAAUAAUAAUAGUUAUAAUAAUAAUAAUAGUAAUAUACUAUUAAUAAAUAAUAAUAGUUAUUAAUAAUAAUUAAAAUAAAAAUAAGAAAAAAGAUAUUUCUCGAAGAAAGGACGUCUCUUGAAUAAAAUACAAAAAAAAACACGCGAUUUUGCUUUAUUUUGUCUCGGAUUUUUGGAGAGGUGACGGCCUAAAAAACACACGUAAGCCGUUAAAAAUAAAUAAUAUGAAUCCGAGAUAGGGUCGAUGGUAUUUUUUUGCAAUGAGCGCAGAUCUUAGCAAAGCUCGCUAAUUAAAUUCGAAAGUAGUUAGUCGAUGUGUAUUCUAUAAAAAAAAAUAAUAAAAUCAUUUUGUUACAAAAA